AUGUCUACCAACAACAACUCUUCUGCUUCUCAGGAAUCCCUCCUCUUCGCUCCUAUGAUCGAUGUUAGUGAAGCAGUCAUCACCCCGAUGAUGCUAGCCAAUCCGUAUUCAUCGAAGCAGCUUCCUCUGUUAAGGGCUCUUGGAGAGUCUAUUUCCAGCCUACAAGUUGUCGUCGAUGAAAAGAAUAGCGACGUCGAACGUCUCAAGCACAAUGUGAAAGUCCAUGAUGCACGCGUUGAGGUGGGGAAAAAGAUUUUGGAGAUUCAUAGGAAGGCAGCAGUUGAUAGCCAUGGGAAGGCUCAAACAGCGAACCAUGAAAUAUUGGUCCUGAAACGGCUCAUCCAAUCGGUAGGACAGCAGGAUGUCGCCUCGAAACAAGAGGUAGUGAGGUUAAAAGAGGAAGUAUCGGUGUUGAAACAAAAAAUUGGGGAGCUGAACUCUCAAGCCGAUUGUCAACAACAGUUGUAUACGGGCCUAGUCCAUAAAGCGAGUUCGCUGGCUCGUGAGGCACUGAGGGGAAGUAAACUCCGUGCUGAAAUUUUGUCUUCUUUUGCUCACAAAAACAUUCCCAACAAUCGUGCGCGUAUUCCGGAGUGUAAUGACACCAUCUGUUGCGUUGUUAACAUGGUUGACAAUUGCUUUAAGUUAUUGGAUCAAAUCAAAAAGGCCUCGCAGGACAUUGUUGGCAACAUUUCUGAAUCUUCAGUUUGGGACCGAAACAUUAGGAAGAGCACCCAUGGCUACCAGGUUCCGACCAUUCAUGAGACCUUUGCACGUAUUCGGGCAUUCAACCCCACGAUUCAGUGGCCUUUCACCGUUAAUGCGGGUCCUGUUUGGUUAUUCUUGGGUAACCGUUCCAGUUCCGAUGGGUCUGCAACCUCUGUAUCCUAUCCUUCCACUGGAAUGCCUAGCACUGGAGUUUCUGAUUGGAGUAACAACAUAUCGGUGGUUUCCAACGGUGGGGGUUCUCAGUAG